CCCUCAACCUCACUACUCACAAGUCAACUCACCACCAGCACCUAGAAAAACACAGUUCAGGCAUAGCCAAAAUGAUCAGCGACCAAGAUCUCGAGCAUCUCCGUCUGGCAGUCUCACUCGCCCAAGAGGCCCUCAAAGCCGGAGACGCCCCUUUCGGUUCAGUCCUCGUAUCGUCAGACAACAAAGUCCUUCAAACCGACCGAAACCGCACUGUCACAGGCUCCAACGGCGAUGGUCGUGCUGACUCGACGCUCCAUCCCGAGUUCACUCUCGCGCGCUGGGCACAGCUCAACCUAAGUGAUGAAGAGCGCGCAAGGUCUACUGUAUACACGAGCGGUGAGCACUGCGCUAUGUGCUCUGCUGCUCAUGCGUGGUGUGGGCUUGGAAGGAUUGUGUAUGUUUCUUCAACGGAGCAGCUGGAGGCUUGGAAGGCUGAGUUUGAAGUUGGGGCGCCGGUUGCGCCGUUGAGCAUCAACCAAGUUGCUCCCGGACUCACGGUUGAAGGACCUGUGGAAGAACUGGCCAAGGAGGUUUAUCAAUUUCACGUUGAGAACUGGACGGGUAAAGGUUUCAGGUCUAAGUCAAAGGCUUGAGGUUGAGAUCUUGGUAAAGUGAGAUGCAGCGUGGCGUAUUUGGCUGGAGUUAUACAAAUAUCUAAGAAUGGUUUUAUAGCAGAAGCUUGAGAUUUACGAGUGUAAAACGAGGCCCUUUCAGAAUAAUGCUUGAUGUGUCAUUUGUCUGUGAGCUCGUGAUGUGAAACCCAUGCGUUGGGUCUUGGGUUGACUUAUAUGCUCCGUUCCAC